AUCGUCGAUCCUUCACCAUCCGUCACAUAUCACAUCAGCAACUGUAUGUACCGCUCACAAUGGCUCUUGUGCAGUAUUCCGACUCAGAGGGCUCCGACUCGGAGGAUCAGCCCCAGCCCCAAGUUCUGAGCAAAGAGCCAGCGCCCGCCGAAUCGAAAUCAUCAAAUGCGCCGCAAAAAUACUCGUCAUUAGUCGACCGAGGAAACCCGCGGAAAAUAAAAGUCGCACUGCCCGAGAUCAAACCAGAAGCCAAGGGCGAUGAAGAUGGACCGGCGAGGAAGAAACCGAGAACAAACGGGGAGGGGUUAUUUUCUGGCUUCAAUUCGAUCCUCCCAGCACCCAAGCGCGCGAACCAACCGGCGGCUACUGCCACUGCGAAUAGCACGGGAGCUUCUCGAAAUCCUUUCAGUCUGAAAACAGGAUCUGCGCCGGGAUUCGACCGUCAUGCGGAUGCUGAGCUGCGUCAGGAGCAGGCUCUCAAUGAAGUUGCUGGUAGCAACAAGGAUGACACGAUACCGAAGCCCGGAGGGUUUGCUGGUGAUAACAAGGAAGGGAGUUUGCUCCAGGAGGAAAAUUACAAGAAGAAAGGAAAUGCAAUGGUUUUCAAGCCGCUGUCUGUGGCUCGCAGCGGACCAAAGAAAAAGUCGGCGGCGUUCGUGGCUGCCAAAGCCAGCGCGAAGAAUGCAAAGACAGCGGUAGCGCCGAAAGCCACUGCUUUGGAACCUAUAGCUUCGACGACCACUGAAGCUCCCAAGCCAGUCGAACCUCCAAAACCCAAGGUCAGCUUGUUCUCUUUCUCUAACGAAGAGAAAGCAGCGCCAGUCGAGACCACUAGCGGAUAUGAAUCAAUUCUAUUCAACCCUUCGGCCGCCAAUGAUCCGCAAGAAGACUCCGCCUCGUUGGAAUAUCAUAACCAAGCAUCAUCAUCCUAUCCCACACCCUCUACAAAGCAAGAAUCAAGUCUCGACGCAAUCGCGAACGAUCUGAAUCUCUCUCGCGCCGAGAGACGACAACUAAUGGGCCGUAAUUCAUCAAUGCCAACUUCCCGAGUUGUCAACUUCAACACAGACACGGAGUAUGCCGCGAACCAAGAAAUGCUUUCAAAUACAACCCAAGACGAGCUUGCCGCACAACAGCACAACCCGGUUCGAGCGAUCGCACCUGGGAAACACUCCCUCAAACAGCUUGUGCAGGCGGCAAGUUCACAAAGGGAUGCGCUCGAGGAAAGCUUUGCUGCUGGGAGGAGGAAUAAAAAGGAGGCAGGGUCAAGAUACGGAUGGUGAUAGCCUUGAUUUUGCUAUAGAUUUGAUUUGUUCUAGAAUGUAUAUACCCAACAGGCUUCUUGUAUUAUUCAGUGAAUUUGAGGGAUUGUCAUUUUGAUGAUAAUGAUCAAUGACAUUCAAGUGAUUCAAAUAUUUAAGCUCUAAUCGAAAUGAUGUAUUUUCAUUUCCCCAGGGAAUGACA